AUGCGCCCGGCUGAAGACACGGCUGCGUGGGUUGUUGUCGAUGGGUGCAAGAGCGCCUCGCGAACUCUCCACGUUGCUGCUUCAUCGACUGUCAGCCCUAUCCUAGACUAUUUUACGGACGUUGCAACGAGCUCAGGAGAAUAUGCGGAAGCGGUUCUGGCGCUACUUCGCAGGCACAUUACUGCGCUCGUAUUUCACUAUAAAGAUCCGGAGCAAUUUACACCUCUCGCGAACGCGCUCGUCACACAUCUCGGCGCGCAUGUUUCGUCAAUCGCGUCUACCGACGCGAGCAUCGACGGAGGAGAUCAAGAGAAGGGGAGGUUGAAGCGAAUGCUACUGGUGUGCGGCGUUGCAUGUUCAGUCAGGCAAGGAACUAGAAUGAGCACCCUCCUCACGCACCUCCCCGCUCUCCCUCUAAUCCCUGCACUUCAGUCCACCCUCCUGCAACACACUUGA